CAUGUGUAACAUAGUUUUAGUUUGGUGGCUCGUUGAACUUGUUGAAGCAGCAAUACAGAGGAAUACACUUAUCUUCUCUGGAGAAAAUGAAGAUACACUUGGUAGAAUUUUUAUAACGGUUACAUUGCUUAGACAUUUUGGCAGAUUUGUUCGAAAUUGUCGAAAAAUUAGCGUUCUUUUGGUUGAAAAUGAUAAUAUUGUCAACCAGUUCGAGGACGUUAUUGGUAUUCACUCAAACUUACGGGUUUGUAAAUUACCUAGUGAUGAUCAACUUAGUAAAAAUGAACAUGAAAGCGAUCUAUUGUUUGAAUAUCAAGUUUUUAUAUGUAAACCUGAAGAUUUGCUCAAAUUUAUUCAAAACGGCCUCUUAUCUUUAACUGAUAUUUAUGUUUUGGUUUUAUAUGAUGCUCGACAAGUUUUAUCCAGCGAACAUCCUUAUGCCGAGAUUAUGCGCAAAUACAGAUCGUUGAAUUAUGAUGAGAAGCCAAGAGUUUUAGGACUAGAUAAAUCAGUUCUUGCUUGCUCGUUUACGGAACCCAAGGAAUUGCGGUGUAACUUAGACGAUCUAGAAGCAGCAUUAGAAUGUCGAUGCGAAACUGCCACUGAUGAAGUUUAUACUGAUUAUUAUGGUGCAAGACCAACCGUUCAGCUACACGAUUGUUCUCCAGUUUCCGAUUCAAACGAACUUUACCAAGAGAUGAUGUCUAUUAUCAACAACGUCCUUGGAUAUGUCCAAAAUAUACAACCAACGGAAGAGGACUCAGCAGAAGACUCCACAGCAACUCCCAAAACUGUGUUUAAGGAAUGUUUGAACGUUUUAACAACUCUUGGUACUUGGUGUCUUGCAAUUGUAGCAGAAUCAAUGUUAAAACAAGUAUGGAAAUUAGCCAAAAUGGAAAAGAAGGAUAAACAUAAGCAACUUUUGCUGCUCACACAAACCAAUUUAGCUUUGCUCUAUUCAAUUGGAUGGCGUCACUUCGAAGAACGGGUAAAUAGUAAAGAAGAUUUUGAAGAAAUGAUUUCACCUAGAGCUCUUGCGCUCAUCAAAAUUUUAAGUAAAUAUGAGCCAACUCAAAAGUUUGUUAUUCAAAGUAAAAGUGAAAUUAAUGAAGAAAAGAAAAAAGAAGAAUACGAAGAGGAAAAUUAUAAAGAUUCGGACUCAGAAGGAAGUAGUUACUCUUUUGGGUCGUCCUUAGACUUUUCGGACUACGAAGAUGAGACUGCUGAAAAAUAUGUUGAAAAAAAUAUCGAUUCAGAUAAACCACAAUAUAUAGCUCGGCUUUACAAUUCCGAUGAAAAACGUGAUGAAGAGAACCUUUACGGUGUUGUUUUCCUUGAUCGAAGACACUCUGCCUUUGCUUUGAAUAAAUUGGUUACUGAACUAUGCAAUUGGGAUGCAAGUCUUUAUUUCAUUCACAGUGCAUAUGUUAGUGGUAAUAAGGGCGAAGAUGUAAUGAGACAAUUCCGUUUAAAAAAUCUGAAUUUAUUAUUUGCGACGAGUUCCCUUCCAGCAGGAGCAGAUCUUCCAAAAUGCAAUUUAGUAGUUCAAUUCGAUCCACCAAUAGACUUUAAAAUGUUUGUCCUAAGUAAGACCAAGGCUCAGGCAAAUAAAUCAGCUUAUCAUAUUUUAACUGAUAAUCGCCUACACGAUAAUUUCCCAGAGACUUUAGAAAACUUUAAGGAAAUAGAGGAGAUUUUAACUAGCAGAUUAAGAGAAAAGGAUAACAAUAGAGAAGGUAUAGGGGAGGAAUGUGAAAAUGACGAAUAUGAUCCUCUUAUUUAUGAAGAAAUAGUCAAACCGUAUAGAACUGAGAAGGCGUGUGUGACUCUGACCUCCGCAACUGCCUUGGUAAACAGGUACUGCGCUAAACUCCCAAGUGACGCCUUCACUCAACUCUCCGCUUCUGCUGUUAUAGAGCAAGUCAAUAAUGUUAAACCUAUAUUUGUUUGCCAACUACAAUUACCGAUUAACUCACCCAUCAAAUUGCCAAUAAGGGGUGAAGAAAUGCCAACAAAAAAACUUGCUAGAAUGUCCGCGGCCUUAAAGACUUGUGAAAUAUUACAUAAACAAGGUGAACUUGAUUCCUCUCUGGUACCGGUUGGAAAAGAUUUAGUUCGAUACGAGAGCGAUGAAGAUGAGCUAGAAUGGUCUAAUACACACGCCCGUCCCGGUUCAAGUAAACGAAAACAACAUUACGAUAAAUUAAUCGCUUCUUGUUUACAAACACCAGUUUCUAACGGAACUGAAAUUUGCUGUUUGUAUAGCAUUGACAUGACUCUUACAAGACCCAUAGAUGAAGCCCAGAAUGUUAGAGGGCGAAAGAUUUAUAUGCCUCAAAGCACAGAUAAAUGUUUCGGUUUCCUAGUCAAGCAUCGCUUGCCAAACUUACCCAGCUUUCCCGUAUUUACAAGAUCAGGCGAAGUAACUGUAUCUUGUAAUUUAAUAAACGAUCGAAUUCGUGUGACUAGUGAUCAACUAAAGAUUGUUACUAGCUUUCAUUAUGCAAUUUUUCGAAAAACACUUAGAUUGGGAAAAGAUCCUAUGUUAUUUGAACCAAAAGAAUCACCAAGUUGCGCUUUAAUCAUCCCUUUAAUCGGAAAAGAAUCUGAAAUUGAAUGGGAGUACGCGCAAAAAGUAAUAGACUUUUACGAUUCAAAUGCUGAUAUUAUAGAAAAGAAAGACUUCAUAUUUGAGAAGGAAGUAUUCGAAGAUGCAGUUGUCAUGCCUUCUUACAGGAAUAAGGACCAGCCACAGCAUUUUUAUGUAGCAGAAAUUCGUACAGAUUUAUCACCUAAAAGUCCAUUCCCCUCAGAUUCCUUUGAUAGUUUUAAAGAGUAUUAUGAAGUGAAAUACAAUUUGGGAAUAAGCGAUCUUAAGCAGCCGCUCUUGGAUGUCGAUCAUACAUCAGUAAGACUCAAUCUACUAACACCUCGAUAUGUCAAUCAAAAGGGUAGGGCGUUACCAACUAGCAGUCUAGAGACAAGAAGAGCCAGACGAGAAUCCCUUCGACAGAAGCAGAUUCUCAUUCCAGAACUUUGUCAUGUUCAUGUGUUGCAAGCUUCUUUAUGGAGGAAAAUGGUUUGCCUGCCAGCCAUAUUUUAUAGAAUGAAUUCUUUAUUGUUAGCAAGUGAACUUCGAAAUCGAAUAUCUAAAAAGGCAGCUAUUGGUGUAGCUAAUGUUCCAGAAGAAUAUCAGUAUCCUGCUCUAGAAUUUGACUAUUCAUUAGCACCACCAAUCAACUCUGAUGACGAGUCAAACUUUUCACCAGAAGUUCAAGAAAGCUUAAAUUCCUCCAUGUCGAGCGAGACUCAAGAGAUUGUUUCUUUCAAAGACCGAAUUGAUGUUGACACGUGGUUGGGCCCGUCUCCGACAGACCUUUUACAAGCUUUAACUAUGUCAAAUGCUAACGAUUUUUUUAAUUUGGAACGACUGGAAACAAUAGGGGAUUCCUUCCUAAAGUUUGCUGUUACUGUCUUCUUAUAUUGCAGACAUCCAGGUAUACACGAAGGCAAAUUAAGCUAUUUACGAAGUAAACAAGUAUCCAAUUAUAAUUUAUAUAAACUGGGAAAACGUCACAAGUUGCCAGAGUGUAUGGUAGCAUCAAAAUUUGAACCAGGAGAAAAUUGGCUUCCUCCUGGAUUUGUUAUGGGCACUUACAAGGAGCUUGAUGUCCACUUUGGGCCCGAAAAUAGUCAUAGUGAGAGGACUGUUAUUACUUAUUAUCUUCAGACACAACAUAGUUUACCCGAUAAAAGUAUUGCGGACUGUGUUGAGGCACUGAUAGGUUGUUACUUGAAUUCUUGCGGUCAAAAAGCUGCUAUUCGUCUCAUGUCUUGGUUAGGCUUGAAGGUAAUUGAAGAGAGGGAAAAUUCUAAAUUCUCGCCGCCAAGUCCACUUUUAGCUCAUGUUCCAAGGGCAACUAAUAUUUUAGACAAUCUUCUGGAUGGUUUUGAAGAGUUCGAAAGAAUAAUCGGUUAUCAGUUCAACGACAGGGCUUAUUUACUCCAGGCAUUUACUCAUGCAGGUUAUCACUAUAAUAGUGUAACUGAUUGCUACCAGAGACUGGAGUUUCUGGGGGAUGCAGUUCUUGAUUAUGUUAUUACGAGACACUUAUUCGAAGAUAGACGGAAGCACUCGCCCGGUGUUCUUACUGAUCUCCGCUCUGCCCUAGUUAAUAAUAACAUGUUCGCUUGGCUUGCAGUUGCUUGGAAUUAUCAUAAAUUUUUUCGAGCUAUUUCUCCACAACUUUUCGAAGUAAUUAAUAAGUUUGUUGCGUGGCAUAGAUCACAUUCGGACCAAGUUCUCUUGGAUGAUAAUCUGGGUCUAGAAACUGAUGAAGGUCACGAAGCUCAAGAUAUUGAAAUUCCAAAAGCUCUGGGUGAUAUUUUCGAAUCCGUUGCUGGAGCAAUUUACUUAGAUUCUAAGAUGUCCUUGGAUGUUGUAUGGCAAGUCUAUUACAAAUUAAUGAAGACACAAAUUGACGCUUUCACUGAGAGUAUACCAAAAUCGCCAGUGCGCGAGCUGCUAGAACAAGAACCCGAAACAGCGAAGUUUGAACGUCCGGAAAGAACGAUCGAUGGUAAAAUACGCGUAACUGUAACAGUUAUCGGAAAAGGUCUUUAUAAAGGAAUAGGAAGAAACUAUAGAAUAGCAAAGAAUGCAGCAGCCAGAAGAGCCUUGAAAGAAAUUCGAAUUCUCGAGGCAUUCUGGGCAAAUAAAGAAAAGACUAUUAUUAAAAACGAAAUUAAUGAAGGGAAUGAAGAAGAGUAA